UAUACAAGAGGACACUGUUCUCGUCACUGUUCUACUCUACGCAUCGUCCAUCCUUCCCAUCCACCCUAGCAGAGCUAGCAAUGCUUCUUCCCAGCCUGACCGCCCCUGUCCUUGCUCUUCUGACCUUGAUCACUGCUACGAGCGCCUACACGAUCACUUUCGACAACACUUGCAAGCACGCCGGUGUCGAGACAACGAUCAAGAUCGUAGGGUUUGGUGGCAAGCCUUUACCAUCUGGUACCAGCACCUUUGCAGCUCCUGCGACAGUGGAUUUCAAGAGUCCUUGGGGAACCUUCGGCGCCAGUCUUUCCCUCGACAGCACGAGUUUGAGCACCUCCCUCAGCCCUCCUCCCGUAUCCCCCUUCUAUUUCAGGGGCAGCCUCGCCAUCGAGAAUGAAGAGACCACCACGGCGCUCGAGUGCACCAAGAAGCACCCGGGUGACUGCAAGAGCCGCAUCUCGAUCCAGAAUGGUAACAAGCAGUCUCGUCUGGGCUUGAUCGUAAGUCCGCGUGCCUCGAGUGGUCCCAUUGCUCAGCUCACCUCGGCGACCUACCUUCCACGUCUCCUCUCUGCUAUCUGACCUUCGCUCGCUCAGCUCUCCUGCUGAGCUUGCUCGACUGCAAUGCUUGAUGAAACCACCUCGUCCCCUCCCACAUCAUUCGGGCGGCCCUGCGCCACUGCGCCAUAAUGCCCCACUAUACAAAAGACUUUGCCCUCAUGCCGGCUCGC